AUGCGUUUAUCAAACCUAGUCACCCUUUCUUUGAUGGGUGUUGCCUCAGCUGCUCCAGCUCGUCACCAUCAACACAUCGAAAAGCGUGAUGCCGUCACCACUACCGUUAAGACUCAAGUCACCGUCACUCAAGGUAUCACCGGCCAAACCAAUGCACUAUUACAAGAAGACGCUGUUGUCGGUACUACCGCUGCUGCUGCUGUUGCUGUUGCUGCCGCCGCCGGUACUACCUCUACUUUAGAACCAUCUUCUGCUGCUGGUUCUUCCUCUAGUUCAGGUUCCUCCCCAUCUUCUUCUGUUACCGCUGGUAACGCCAAAGGUAUCACUUACUCUCCAUACGCUUCCGAUGGUACUUGUAAAUCUGCUAGUGACGUUGCCUCUGACUUGGCUCAAUUGACCAGCUAUGGUAUUAUUAGAUUAUACGGUGUCGACUGUAGUCAAGUUGAAAAUGUUCUAAAGGCUAAGGCCUCUUCUCAAAAGUUGUUCCUAGGUAUUUACUACGUCGAUCAAAUUGCUGAUGGUGUCUCUACCAUUAAGAAUGCCGUCGAAUCCUAUGGUUCUUGGGAUGAUAUUUCCACUGUCUCCGUCGGUAAUGAAUUAGUCAACGGUGGCGAAGCCUCCACUGCCCAAGUCGGUGAAUACAUCUCUACUGCUAGAUCUGCUUUAACCGCUGCAGGUUACACUGGUUCAGUUGUCUCCGUUGAUACUUUCAUUGCUGUUAUCAACAACCCAGAUCUAUGUAAUUACUCCGAUUACAUGGCUGUUAACGCUCAUGCUUACUUCGAUGAAAACACAACUGCCGAAAAUGCUGGUCCAUGGGUUCUAGAACAAAUUCAAAGAGUUUGGACUGCUUGUGGUGGUAAGAAGGAUGUCUUGAUUACCGAAUCUGGCUGGCCUUCUCAAGGUCAAACUUAUGGCCUUGCUGUUCCAUCUGAAGCUAACCAAAAGACUGCUAUAUCUUCUAUUGAAGACACUUGUGGUUCUGCUACUAUUCUAUUCACAGCUUUCAACGAUUACUGGAAGGCUGAUGGUGCUUACGGUGUUGAAAAAUACUUCGGUAUUCUAUCUGAUUAA